CUUGCGUCUAAUUGAAGCCUUCAACGUGCACAAAUACUAAUAACUCGAAAAAUAAUAAUAAAAAUAUGCAAAAUUCAAUUAGAGAGACGCACAAUUGAGGGCUUCUCUGAGUCUCUCUCGUCUUGUGCUGAUUCCAGCGGAGCCGUCACACUUCCCCUCUUCUACGUCGUCGUUUUGAACCCCAUUGCUCCCUCUCUCCAAUUCAAGGCCAAAGGAAGGUAUGAUGAGAGAAAGUUUCAAGGGCAAGGGUGGAUCUUCUUCUCUUCAAUCCAUGAAGGAGAAGGAAAAACACCUGGUGGAGAAGAUUCAAGGGAUUUUCAACAGUCUUCAGUGUGCAAGAAAGGAGGGCAGGGGUAAUGACAUUGUGAUAUUUGAGGAGCAGAUGCAUCAGUUGCUCCGAGAGUGGAAGGCGGAACUGGAGUCUCCGGCCAACUCCUUAGCUGAUGGAAGCUUUGGUUCAUUUCCCAGCGAACUAGCCCAAAUGUUGCUAGGAACUGAGGAGAAAGAUGAUGCUACUAGUCCAUUGACAAAACCUGUGCCAUUGAAGAAUGAGAUCCUUACAAAUAACAUUAGUGACAUCAAUUUUCAGUAUUUUCAGGAGAAGCAUUUUAAUGAUAACCAACCACUAGGUCAUACUUUUGAAGGAAGUGCUUCAACUCUGUACAACAAUGCUUAUAAUAGCUCAGAUAUGACACAGUUAGAUUAUCACCCAUUCACUUUAAAUCAAGAUAUGGGUCACAACUCUAAUUUGUUGGGUCAGUUUGAUUUAUAUCAUGACCUCAGGCACAACACGGAAAUGAAGAACAACUCAGAAUCAACUCAAUUUAGUUUAGAAGGUUUUGAUUGUAGCCAAUUCUUUGAAGCUGAUGACAAUGUGCAGCAUGGAGAGAAUAUUAUACCUAACAUUCUUCCAAAUAUCUGCCCCCCACCUUCUGCUUUCUUAGCCCCAAAAUGUGCCCUAUGGGACUGUUUCAGACCUGCUCAAGGGGUAGAAUGGUGCCAGAACUACUGUAGUAGUUGUCAUGAGCUGUUGGCAAAUAACGAGGGUCUUCCUGGCAUGACCCCAAUUUUGCGACCUUGGGGAAUUGGUGUAAAAGAUGGUCCUUUGUUUGCUGCUGUUCUUGCUAAGACGCAGGGAAAGGAAGUGGGCAUCCCUAGUUGUGAAGGUGCUGCUUCAACUAAAUCCCCCUGGAAUGCUCCAGAGUUCUUUGAUCUUUCUUUUCUUGAGGGUGAAACUGUUAGGGAGUGGCUCUUCUUUGACAAGCCUAGAAGGGCAUUUGAAAGUGGAAAUAGAAAACAGAGAUCACUUCCGGAUUACAGUGGGCGUGGUUGGCAUGAAUCAAGGAAGCAGGUAAUGAAGGAACAUGGGGGACAAAAGAGGUCCUAUUACAUGGACCCCCAGCCUCUUAGUUAUCUCGAGUGGCAUUUGUACGAGUAUGAGAUCAACAACCAGGAUGGUUGUGCAUUAUACAGACUAGAAUUAAAGCUGGUGGACAAAAAGAAAAGUCCUAAAGGAAAAGUGACCAAGGAAUCUCUUACUGAUUUGCAGAACAAGAUGGGACAGCUUACUGCUGCUGUUCCAUCUACUGAUGAUGGACAACCAGUCAAGGGAAAAACAAAGGCCAAGUCUGAGAAUGAUGAAUCUCCCAACAAGUAAAUUAAUACUCCGUUGUGCGAUUUUACCAUAUUACUGACCAACAUGUACAUAUUUGAAGAUGGUUCACAGCUUGUGGAAAUUUCUGACUUUCCUUGAACAAGGUAAAAAGGCUAAUAAAAUUUUGCUUGUGGUAGAAGGUGCUCAUAGUCUUGUGCUUAAUUCAUCGAUAUUCUACUUUUCUGAUGGAUCAGUGGGAGUUUCCUUUGUUGGCUGCUUUGCUAUCAACCAAAUUUCUGACAUAUUCUUAAAAUUUAGUAGUGUUUAUUUGGUUGUACAUGUUCUUUAAAUGGUGGGAACAAUUUUAUUUAUCUUGUAUUACUUCUACAAGUGCUGCAAAUUGAAUGCAAAAUAGAGUUUCUGUAUAGAUAUACUAUGCAUGCACUUUCCCUUCUGUUGAAUGAGACAUCACUUCUCUUAUUUUUCAUGCA